CUCUCAGCGCUUCGGGAUCUCUAUGGUUCUCACCGAGUCGCUAGAGGACAUUUGGUCCACUGGAGGACUCCCUACAUUCUUCCUCCAUUACCUCACUGCCUCCGGUGGAUGCUGGGAUAGAGGAGGACUCGGGUCCCGACUCGACUCGGUCCUCCGCCCGCCCCGGGAAUACCUCUAGUUCUUCCCCGGCCACCGCCGCCCCGCCGCUUCCUCCUCUGCCCUCCCGCUGGCCUCCUUCGGGCGUCCUCACCCGCCUUGGGACUCUGCUUUUCUCGGGAACCUCCGCCCAGGCGCAUGGCUCCAUGAAGCAGGAGGAAGAGAAGGGAGAGCGCGAGAGGUCCCGUCCGCCCCAGCCGCGUCUGGGUCAGGAGAAAAGGUAUUGGAAGAAGGAAUGGAAUUGGAAAAAAGAAGAUUCAAUCCAGAGACAAAAUAGCUUCUCUUUCCUAUUGUAGCUGUUUCCUCUGGGACUAUAAACUAUCUGCUUUCAGGUUCUGCAGCAUUCCAGAUCACGAACACCAAAUCAGGAUGGGAAAAAGACGUUGUGUUCCUCCCCUUGAGCCCAAGUUGGCAGCAGGCUGUUGUGGGGUCAAGAAGCCCAAAUUAUCUGGAAGUGGAACACACAGUCACGGGAACCAGUCCACAACUGUGCCUGGCUCUAGUUCAGGACCUCUUCAAAACCACCAGCAUGUGGACAGCAGCAGUGGUCGGGAAAAUGUAUCGGACUUAACUCUGGGACCUGGAAAUUCUCCCAUCACACGAAUGAAUCCUGCAUCUGGAGCUCUGAGCCCUCUCCCCCGGCCCAAUGGAACUGCCAAUACCACUAAGAAUCUGGUGGUGACUGCAGAAAUGUGCUGCUACUGCUUUGAUGUACUCUACUGUCACCUCUAUGGCUUCCCACAGCCACGACUUCCUAGAUUCACCAAUGACCCCUAUCCUCUCUUUGUGACCUGGAAGACAGGGCGAGACAAGCGGCUUCGUGGCUGCAUUGGGACCUUCUCAGCCAUGAAUCUUCAUUCAGGACUCAGGGAAUACACGUUAACCAGUGCACUUAAGGACAGCCGCUUCCCCCCCCUGACCCGAGAGGAGCUGCCCAAACUUUUCUGUUCUGUCUCCCUCCUUACUAACUUUGAAGAUGCCAGUGAUUACCUGGACUGGGAGGUAGGGGUUCAUGGGAUUCGGAUUGAAUUCAUCAAUGAAAAAGGCAUCAAACGCACCGCCACAUACUUACCUGAGGUUGCUAAGGAACAAGACUGGGAUCAGAUCCAGACAAUAGACUCCUUGCUCAGGAAAGGUGGCUUUAAGGCUCCAAUUACCAGUGAAUUCAGAAAAUCAAUCAAACUCACCAGGUAUCGAAGUGAGAAGGUGACAAUCAGUUAUGCAGAGUAUAUUGCUUCUCGACAGCACUGUUUCCAGAAUGGCACUCUUCAUGCCCCGCCCCUGUACAAUCAUUACUCCUGACACACGGCUACAUGACCAGUCCCACCCCCCUGUGGCCACCAAUGGCUAUGACAUCAUUGGAGCAGAUGCCUCCUCUUCCUGGUCCAGUUACUUCUAUUACUGCACCAUUUUAUGAUGCUAGCUUCCGUUGCCAAGUCUGCCUCCUGCUGACUGGAGGGUGUGGGGUUACAUGGAAUGCAACAGAACAUGAGGGGCCCAAGCCUUAUAUAAGCCUUUCCUCAAUCUGGGGUUCUGUUGGAACAGGGCUCCCCAAUAACCCGUGAGAAUGGCUGUGUGGGUUCAGAAGACCGCUGUCUGGUGAUUUCCCACAUGUGUUGGCUGCACACUGAAAACUGGAAUUGAUGGUGAUUCAUGGAGGCUUCCUCCCCAAUCCCCCACAGCCCACCAGAUCAAUUAGGUGUACUCCCCUGGCAGUCUGGGCAACGGAGACCAACAUGAACCACUUUUAGGUUGUUUUAAAUUCCUUUUUUUAAACUUCCAGUUUAUUGUGUACCAAGAGUUGAUCCACAACCUCCAUGCUUCAUAAGUGAACACCAUAUUAGGGUUGAAUGUGGGCACCAUGAGCCCCUGUGAGUCCUGGACAAGAGACCCGCACCAAGAUCAGAAGUCCUGUGGAUGGCAUUGCAUUGUGCAAUAAGCUGUGAAGGUUUUCAUGCUUAUCUGACUCUCAGCUGGACUUUCUGGUACUCUUCCUGCAUUGAGUCUCCUGGUGUUGAACAGAGCUCUGUGGCAUAGCCUGCCGAGGAAUGGAAUGGAGAUGCCCAUAGAGGUCCUAAUGUCAUCGUCAUAAGCAGGUGUGAAAAGAGAGAUCUCUUCCUCACCACCGGCUACCUCAACCUUCUUCUGGUAGCAGUGCCUAUGUAGCUGCAUCUAGGUUCUCAGAAGCACAGACAUGCAAACAGGUGGUUGGGUUGGGCUUUAAGACACACUGUUACAGGAGCGCUUCCAGGGUCUCUGAGCUGGUUUUCUUCACAGGCAAACAUCCCGAGGGACUUUUCAGUAGGGGAGUUCUUUUUUUUUUUUUUCUGAUUUGCCUGCAGAAGUUGGAAGACUUGAUAUAUAAGUCCUCAGUAGGACUCUAGAACAAAGCUGUGUAAUAAAACAAGGUGAACCUUUAACUUGCCUACCAUACUGGGACUCUUCACCAGUGCAAAUGUCCAAAUUGCUCGUGUUGCUCACUUAAACUCUUGACAUUCCCUUUCCCAUCUUUUACUCAUUCCAAAAUAGCUGUCAGCAAAUUCUUUUUCACUCACUUAGUGGCAAAAUGUAUAGUACUAGGGGACUAGGGAGGUGCUCUGGAAGCUGUCUCAAAGGCACUGCUCAGGCAGCUCAAAGGAAGAGGCAGCCAGCUAGAAGAAAGGCUCCUGAGGAUGCCGCACAGGUUCUCACAGUGUUCAUAGAGAACUCAGGAGGCAGAUAGGCCUCAACUCAGUGAACAUAUGUUUUGAUUUCUUUUUCAGAAUUGAUGUGAUGGUGUGGCUUUCCAAAAUGGGCAAAUAUUCAAGUCAAAAGAUCAUCUGAGUUUCUUCUGCCAGGAAUGGAGAAAGGGAAGUAGGGGUACUUCCUAUGUGCUAUUCUAGGCAUAACCCUCAAGUUCCUGCGAGUUUUCUGUUUUUGCUUUUUAAAAAAUGGAGUGGGGAGGUUUUGUGCUAGAAUUAAGGGCCUGGAAUGGAUGAGGGAGGUGCUUAUGACAUUGGAAUACCCUGGAUGCAUGCCCCUUACUGCCACAUAGCGUUCCUUCACAUACACAAAGAUGAAGGGGUCUCAUGCUGACUAUAAUGAAAGUGAUGUUAUUGACAGGCGUGACAGCAGGUGCUCUCAGGUGCCAUGGAUUGAUGUCAGGGUGGUCAUCUCUGGGGCUGAGCCCACCCACCUCCAAUUUGUACAACAGUAUUGAUACAUAGGGCUACACUCAUUACUGUUCAAGCGUUCUAUGUUAAGAGUUGUGUUUAAUUUCUUAAGAUUUAAAGCAAAAAAAAAAUGGUGCUAAAUUUCACCCUUGAGCACUCUCAGUGAGACUGGUCAUGCAAGCAUCAACAGUGCCAUGCUCCUCAAGCCUGUUUUUCUUGUAGAAAUGUUGCCCUAUCUGUCUUUCCCAAUGUAUAGUAUGUGUUUUAUUUUAUUGAGGGUGGGGUAGAAUACCUGCCAUUUAAGAAAAUGAACAGAAAAUUUUUAGUACCUAAGAAGGUGGGGGUGAGGGAUCAGUGAAGAGGAAUCCAGCUGGCAAAGUCCAGCAUCACACUGAAGUGGGCUCAGUGGUUUUGGAGUGAAGAAGCCUUACUCCCUGCACAUUCCCUCAUGUUCCCACAGAAGUCCAGCAGAAGAAAUGCUCAGGUUCUUCUUGCCUUGUCAAGGGGACUUGGGAGUCAGGCAAGGAAAAUGGUUUGGCCCAGAAGAAAUGGGCUCUAUUGGUAUGUCUGUCCUGACCAGAGCCUAGUCAUUCAGGAAGAAGUGCAUGAUCUUGGUCACCUCAUGAGAAUGUGGCAGAUGGCUCUCAGGAAAGAAAAAAGGUGUGGAUUGUCCACAUGGGGGCUUUGCCUAGGGAGUUGAUUCUCUGAACUAGAACUGUACAUUGACCAAAGCAGUGAUGAGGGUGGCCAGUAAGUGAUGUUAGAGGAAAGGGACCGUUUCCUGCCCAGUGUUUCCUUUGGCUUUAGGUUGUUCAAACUAACAGAGGUCCCCUCUGUUAUCAAAGAACCAGCCAAACUCUGUUGGCUUGGUUUGGAAUUGUUUCAUCCCUAGCUGUGAGUGCCUUUUGGUCUGGAAAGUUAGCUUGUCUCAUCAUACCCACAGCUAGGACACACACUAUGUAAUUAUGAAUUGUCCUUGUUUUCCUGAGCUAAACACAAAUGUCUUUGGUCACUAGUUUGUCAGUGUUGGGUUGUUUCCACUGUGAGGUUCUUAAAACGUUUUCGCUUCAUAAUGUUAAAAUAACUCAUGUUAGAAACCCUUUCCACACGAAAGGUUUGUAGUUGAGACAUUACAUUUUACUGUUUAUAAUAAAAAUCAUCUAUACAAAAUAAGUCUUGGGUGUUAAUUUUAAUAUUUUGAGCAAAAUCUGUUUUCAUGCUACGUUAACAUCAACAGUUUCACUAAUGGUGUUACUUUCCAUUGAGAUUUCUGAAGCCUAGAAAACUGUUCUUUAUGUUUUAUUUUUUGUUUUCCCAAAGCAAGAGACUGUAUGGCCUUCACUGCAAAGACUUCAGACCAAUUAUUUGUAUUACACUUGGUUGCCUCUUGGCUAUAUAACGUCUGAGUACAAGUCAUCAAAGUCUUGAAUGAAGUAUUGUAGAGAAUAAAUCAUAAUGGAUAAAAA